UGUUUCUUCACGAAUGUGUUGUUGCUUGCCACUCUAUUCAUGGUUUUUGUCCAUACUUGCGCUUAUUUUAGAAUCAUUUUUAGAAACAUAUAUGCCUUCUGAUACUACACAAACUCUUGGAGGCAAGAAACUAAUUCGAAUAAUUGGGAAAUUACGUAGGAAAUGGAUGCAAACAAACAUUAUGCUUACGACGCGUCUGACGUCCACCUUACCUGCCGCUCUGAGGAGCUUUGGUGUCGCUCCAUCUGUCAAACGGCAACAACUUUUACAGCAAUUCACAGAUCCCGAGGACAGUGUGGCCACAGCAGCUGCCAGAGGGUGUCAUCACAACACCACAGGACAACCCCAUCCAGAUGGAGCCUUUGCCUCCUCUGCCUGAUCUCGUCCUACCAAUGGAGCUGGACCCACAAAUGUCGCAGUAGCCAACGCCUUCUAUAUUGUGGUAUGGGCCUCAGGAGGUGGAUACGUACCCUUCUGGAUGUCUUCCGGGGGACAUUUCCACCAGUGCACAGGCCAGAUAGUGGGGUAUGACUGGAAGUAUCACGUCCCCUGCAGCCACAGCUUCCAGUCCAUUAGUGUGUCCACCCUGCUGCCUCCCCCACUGUUUUCGUGCUCCAUAUACAAUGACAGUCCAUCACAUUGGCGGAGAGCAAUGUAACGGCAUAAAGUCAAGCACCAGCAUGCUAGUUGGGAAUGAUAGAAAAGAGGUGGCUGUGAGAAGACGUCAGCCAGUCGCACGCUGACUGAUCCCUCUCCAGGAUGACUACACGACAACAGCAGCCCCUAUGUGGAGAGGACAUAAGUGCCGUGACUGACUGGUGAUGCUCCAGUUGAAUAGCCACUUCGUGACCAGCAGCUGGAUAGAAGCGUCAGUGCUCAUUACCUUGCCUGUACACUCUAUGUAACACAGACAUGGGAACUGUUAUACUGAAGAAAUUGCUUAUUUUGUAUGUCACUCUUUGCUUGUGACAUAUCUGUGUAAUUGUCAGAUUUAAGUAUUGUCUUUU